CCAGUGUGGCGCUCCUGAAUGAUACAGACCGGAGGGGUCGUGUGUAUAUAUACAGUCUAUGGUGUUAAGUCAUGAACUUCACUAACUUCUUCACAGCCAUCGUUAAGAGCAGCUUCAGCCAUGCCUGUGACGUCUCAGCUGCUCAGGGGUUUGCCUCGUGCCAAGCUCUUGGCCUCCGGUCUGCUACCAUUCCAACAACACCAGUCCCAGCUAGGACCUAUUACUAACCGACCACCCUCAAGAUGGCCCUCUCGUGUAUCGCAGAGCCAUCAGCACUCGAGAAGUUACCAGACAACCUCAGAGCUCCGCAGUUACAUCCUCACACCGCCGCAGGUCAACUCCAUCCUGAAAGCCAACGAGUACAGCUUCAAGGUGCCAGAGUUCGAUGGGAAGAAUGUAUCAUCAGUGAUGGGCUUUGAGAGUAAUCAGCUGCCGGCCAACGCUCCUAUAGAAGACCGCCGAAGUGCAGCCACCUGCCUGCAGACGAGAGGAAUGCUGCUGGGUGUGUUUGACGGCCAUGCUGGCUGUGCCUGUGCACAGGCGCUGAGUGAGAGGUUGUUUUACUACAUCGCGGUGUCUCUGCUGCCCCAUGACACCCUGUGUGAGCUGGAAGCAGCGGUGGAGGAUGGCAGGGCCCUCAGUCCUAUCCUGCAGUGGCACAAACACCCCAACGACUACUUCAGCAAGGAGGCUCAGACUCUCUACUUCAACAGCCUCCGAACAUACUGGCAGGAGCUAAUAGAUCUGACCAGCCCGGGCGACGUUCCAGACACACACGAGGCGCUGCUGAACGCCUUCAAGAGGCUGGACAACGACAUUUCCCUGGAGGCUCAGGUUGGAGACCCCAACGCUUUCCUGAACUACUGGGUUCUGAGGGUUGCCUUUUCUGGAGCAACGGCCUGCGUGGCUCACAUCGAUGGAUCAGACCUGUACAUUGCCAACUCAGGAGACGCUCGGGCAGUGUUGGGGGUGCAGGAGGAGGACGGUUCGUUCACCGCUCACACACUCUCUAACGACCACAGCGCCCAGAAUGAGGAAGAGGUGGCCCGGAUACGAGCUGAACACCCCCCUUCAGAGAAGAAGACAGUUAUACGACAGGACCGGUUGCUCGGCCUGCUCAUGCCGCUGCGUGCUUUUGGAGAUGUGAAGUUCAAGUGGAGUAUUGAGCUGCAGAAGUGUGUGUUGGAGUCCGGGCCCGAUCAGCUCCAUGAAAACGAGCACUGCAAGUUUAUCCCUCCAAACUACCACACCCCCCCCUACCUGACCGCCGAGCCGGAGAUCACGCACCACAAACUGCGGCCACAGGACCGCUUCAUGGUGAUUGGCUCCGACGGCCUCUGGGAGACGCUCCACAGACAGGAAGUGGUUCGUAUUGUGGGGGAGUAUAUAACAGGGGUGUCCCAGCGUCAGCCCCUCAAAGUGGGGGGCUACAAGGUCUCCCUGGGACAGAUGCAGGAGCUGCUCGACGAGAGAAAGGCUCGCGAGUCUUCGGCUUUCGAGGAUCAGAACUCAGCGACCCACCUGAUACGCCACUCGGUGGGAAACAACGAAUUCGGCACGGUUGACCACGAGAGACUGUCGAAAAUGCUGUCGCUGCCCGAGGAGCUGGCUCGCAUGUACCGCGAUGACAUCACCAUUAUCAUCUCUCAGUUUAACCCUCAUGUGAUCGGAGCCCAGAGACAAGACGGGCAGUCCUGAGCUGUGUUUCACUGCAGAUAACGCACAUUUAUGUAACUGUGUACUUGUACACAUAAGCCCACUGUGGACAAACAGGCCAUAAUGACAAAAUAUCUGUCCAGCAGAAUUGUUUUAUCUCUAUUUAAGUAAAUACCUUGUAUAUUUGUAUGCAGUGCUACAGAAGAACCAGUUCCUCGUGAAGAUCUUCGUUGGAUGGAAGUCAAUUAUAUGACGCUAUUUAUGCUGCCAACAUCCUCUGGCAACCCUUGCAUACACACCUCUCUGCGUGGCUGAUAAAGACGCUGUUACAAACUGACUUUUGUGCCAAAAGACUCGACCUCCUCGUCUGCUGAAAGACUCGGGUUGAAAUUGUAGAUCUUCCAAAAGAGCGUAAGGGUUGGGACUCGAUGCAGCACUGACUCAACCUGAUUCUCUGAUAUGGACUCAAACUGGGCUGUGCCAUUGUAACACCAACACUCUUUCUCAGGUGUUAUUUCCAACUCACUCAAAAUGUGUGUCUGCCCCUGUAUCUGCUUAACAUGCACGUGUUCUGCAUUUACACUUAAGUAUUUGGAUGAUUGACUCCAAUGCCCUGUAUUUCAAGUAGCUGCAAGAUGUAGAGGUGAAGUCCGCCUUUCUGGGAAAAUGUUAUUGAUAUUUGAUCUCCUCACCCACACAAAUGCACCCCACUCAGUGCUGUUGGCAUGUGCCAGAUUUACAUCCUUGACCUUUUCACGCCCCCUGUUGCUGAUUGGCUGGAUUAGUGUUGUUGUUGCUCUGAGCUACUUUGUUUGUUUCCCAUUUACAAACCUGUGUAUGAUCCACAGAUUCAUUUUUAUUUUUUUCAGUGCAUAAACAGAACUGAAAGCCAGCAGAUCGUAAUAAGAUAUUGACUGAAUUUGACAAAAGGUGUCACUGACUCCAACUUUAAAUUGCUGACGUUAAGCUUUAAAGUGCUCUCUUCCAUAUUGGCACUCUAGUGAACAUCCUGUGGGGAAACAAUAUGCUAAAACACAGAGCAAUACAAUAGUCCUCCAAAUAUUGACCGACUACACACUUAUGUACUGAAAGGAGGACAUGCAUGUGCACAACAGGUAUAUUGUCUGAGUGGUGAUUAGGUGAAUUACGGUUCAUAUAUAUACAUAUAUAAUACAACCCUAAGUUAAAUGAGAGUUUUGUAGCUUUUUUUCCAAGCUUUAUGGGUUAAAAGGGAUGCUUGUUUAGGGUUCAUCUUGCAUUAUAUUAUUUAUUAAGCAUUUUCAGUUUGGGUGACAGGUGAUGGUUUGAUUUAUAUAUGCCAGCUUUGUUGAAAGCAGAAGCACUCUCCUGAUACUCUCCAGUUAAACACUAAGAACGGGGUCGAAGCGUUGUGUUCAAGUGCGUUUGAGCCCACAGGAAAGAGCAGAAUGUACAUUUGAAAGCAGCCGUUUGAAUAUCAGAUUAUUUUAAAAGCUUUUACAGUACAUGUAUGUUACACAUCUUUAUCUACAGUUGUAUGUAUGAAAUGUAACUUAUGUUUUGUAUAUGGAAAUGCUUUAAUAAAACACAUAAUACACA